AUGGGGUAUCUAUGUCCUAUCUUCGUGCUCGUUUUGUCUUCUUUUACAACCCAGUUUGCUUUAAGCAACGACAUGCCAUCAGCAUAUGAAGUUCUUCAGGAAUACGACUUCCCAAUCGGUCUGCUUCCAAAAGGUGUUACCGGCUACAAGUUAAACAGAGACACAGGUGAGUUCUCUGCUUAUUUGAACGCAACUUGUAAAUUUUCUAUUGAAUCGUAUCAAUUGGAGUACAAGUCUACCAUUACCGGGGUAAUAUCUAGAGGAAGGCUCAGUAAUUUGAAAGGUGUGAGAGUUCUCAUUCUGUUUCUGUGGAUAAACAUUGUGGAAGUGGUUCAUGAUGGGGAGGAGCUUGAGUUCUCUGUUGGGAUUGCCUCAGCAAACUUUCCUAUUGACAACUUCGGAGAGUGUCCUCAGUGUGGGUGCGGAUUUGAGUGUAAUUUGUUGGACGGUGGUAAUUUUGUGUCUUCUUUUCAGGUGGAAAGAUAA